AUGUUGAAAAAUGAUAGAUUAGCCACAUUGCAACCCACAUGGCAUCCAACCUCUGAAGAAUUGGCUAUUGGUAACAUUAAGUUUACUACUUUUGAUUUAGGUGGUCAUAUUCAAGCUCGUCGUUUAUGGAAAGAUUAUUUCCCAGAAGUUAACGGGAUCGUUUUCUUAGUCGAUGCUGCUGAUCCUGAAAGAUUCCAUGAAGCAUACGUAGAAUUGGAUGCGUUAUUCAAAAUUGCUGAAUUGAAGGAUGUCCCAUUCGUCAUCUUAGGUAACAAGAUUGACGCCCCAACUGCUGUGUCUGAAGCAGAAUUGAGAAACGCAUUGGGUUUGAAUAAUACAACCAAUUAUGGUGGCGCUCAAAAUCAAAGACCAGUAGAGCUAUUUAUGUGUUCAGUCGUUACAAGAAAUGGUUAUUUGGAAGCUUUCCAAUGGUUGUCACAAUUCAUCUGA